AGAGAGAGAGAGCAGAAGAGAAGCGUGUUGCGGAGCGAAAUCAGCCAGAAGAAUCUCAAUUCUCAACGAACAGAUAAUAACAAGAGAUCAAGAUGGAGAGAUGAAGAGGAGAGGGGGAUCGAGAAGGAGAAGAAAACAAGGGAUUGAGAAAGGAGGUAAAGGAAAGCGAGGGAUACAGAGAGAGAGGAGGAGAAGAGAGAGGAGGAGAAAGGACUGGAGAGAGGAGGAGGAAGGUAGGUGAAGAAAUCGAGUGCUAUAGAGAAACAGGAGGAGGAGGUGAAGAAAGCGAGUGAUAUAGAGACAGGAGGAGGAAGUGAAAAAAGCGACUGAUACAGAGAAAGAAGGAGGUGAAGAAAGCAAGUGAUAUAGAGACAGGAGGAGGAGGUUUAGAGGUUGAUGGCCGGUCCAGAUGAGGGUUCACACACUCGGGAGUUUCCCUGCAGCCCUCACACACACACUCCUCGCCCUGCUGCUGCUCGGCCACACAGGUCUUGGUGAGGAGGGGUGUGUGUGGGGGGAGGUGACUGAGUCUGUGCUACUUCCUGCUGACAUCAGCGAUGACGUCAACGACUCUGGCCCCUCCCCCUUGCUUUCCUGGCGUGUCGUCACGUCGACCGGCUCGCAUCCCAUCGUCUCCUGGCGACCAGAGUCAGGCUCCACCCCUAACGUGUCGUCGGCCUAUCAGGGCCGUGUCACCAUGCACCACAACGGCUCCCUCACCCUCUCACACCUGCGUCUCCAUGACAACGGCUAUUACAUCCUCACGGCAACCGACGCCCUUGGCAACACCAGGGAGGAGGGGCUACUGCUACAGGUCACAGAGGUGUGUUAUGAGGAUCUUCAGUACCUGGCCGUGUUCCUGCUCGUCUUGUUUGCUGUGAGCGGCUCCCUGAUGGUCUCUAUGUGGCUGCUGAAGAGAGUCGUGUCGGCGUGGAAACGCAAGAGGCACUCCUCCUCAGUUACGGUAACCCUGACAACCCCACAGCCGACCUGGAGGUACUACAGUAACCAUGACAACCCCACGGCCGAAAUGGAGAUGCUAGAGUAACCAUGGCAACCCCACGGCCGAAAUGGAGAUGCUAGAGUAACCAUGGCAACCCCACGGCCGAAAUGGAGAUGCUACAGUAACCAUGGCAACCCCAUGACAACCCCACAGCCGACCUGGAGAUGCUACAGUGACCAUGGCAACCCCCUCAGCAUGGAGACUAGAGAUCUCAUCCCAUCUCAUCAGAGACAAACAGAGGGAGGGGAUGGAUUGAGCAAGGCGAUGGGUUGCUAAAACAGAGGAAGGGGAUGGAUUGAUUAAGGGGAUGGUAUGGGCAUGAGUAACUGGGCGAAUAGACCAGCCGUGACGCGAUUGAAGCGACAGAGAAUCGCUUCUGUGCAGCAAGAGCGAUACGAGCGAUUGAAGAGUCAAGUCAAGUCAAGUCAAGUUUGUUUUAUUGUCAAUUUCUUUACAUGCACUGGUCAUACAAAGAAUUUGAAAUUACGUUUCUUGCUUUCCCAUGCAGACAGACUAAUCUAGGUAAGGACAUAGACAGUAUAGACAUAGACAGUACUCAUACAUGGACAUAAGACAGUAUGGACAUAGACAGUGCUCAUACAGACAUUUAAAGUGCAAGACUGGACAACAGAAGACUUGUAGAGAACAUACAUUAAGAGGAGGUAAUUGUUGUGCUUUUCCUAAAAGUCCUUUAUAGCGUUCUGACAUAGUAAUAGUAGCAUUUUGAAGAAAAAUAAAUAUUAAAAUAAGGUCUAUCAAGUACACCAGCAGCAGUGAGAGUGUGUGUGUGUGUGUGUUUAGUGCAGGUAGAAAGUGCGGUGUGUGUCUGUGUGUGUGUGUGUGUGUGUGUGUGUGUGUGAGUUGUGUGUCAGUGUGUGUAUGUUUGGGUUUAGUGCAGAAAGUGCAGUGUGCUUGUGUGUGUGUAUGUGUGUGUGUGUGGAGACUAGAGUAUGUCCGUUAAAAGUAGAAUGCAAGCAUUUCAACAUUCCCAUUGGCUGUGGUUACUGACCUCUAUACAGUCAUUGGCUGUGGCGGCUUGUCGCCAAACCGUGUCAUAGCUCAUUUGCAUAACAUUCCCAGGAGUUCAACUACAAAUUGUCGCUCUCGCGAAUCCCCUCAUCUCCAAAAUCGCUUUUUUCGCGCGACUCAAUACAAAGUCAAUUACUUCCAUCGCUCGCCUCGCUAAUGUCGCGGCUGGUGUAUUCGCCAGGUAAGGAUAUGGAUUCAGAGUAAGGGUAUGGAUUGCUAAAACUAUGUUGUGUGUACAUUUUAAAUGGUGUCAAUCAUGUGAAGUGGUAAAAAGUGAUAGGGGUGCUCUCACUUUUGUGACAUUAAUGGCUGUAUUUCAAAUUAUUUUGAAUGAACAAUAAAUUGAAGUGGCUAUGUAUGGUAAGCUUUAUGCUGGUUAAGUUCAUUGUGUCAUCGUGAAAUUUCGUUAAUGUUGUCACAUGAAGAGAUAUACCGGUACUUACAAAUCUGCAGAAAUAUGAGGGGAGGGGAGAGGGUUGUACUCACUUCUGUGACAUACUGAACAUGUUCUUCAAUAAACAUAUAAGGGGAGGGGAGAGGGUUGUACUCACUUCUGUGACAUACUUGUGAUAUAUUGGUUUGAUAACCAAGGCAUGAAGUAUAUUAAUAAAUUACGGAGACCGAUCGUAGCAUGACUGUAUGUUUAUAGUAGUCUUCAACAUAAUACAGGUUCACUUGUACUGUAGUACUAGACCUAUGUAUUCCUAACGUGGAGGCCACCCUGUGGUAAGGAGGUGAACUACAACUAAAUAACACAAUACAUCACAUCUCUCUCCUUAAGAUAGAUAAUCUCUCAACAGUUCUAUCCUGUAAUAACUUCUGUUAAGUUAAAGUUUUCUUUGCAAAUUAAAUCAUAUCAUUUCUUUUACUAAAUAAAUUCUUACUUCAUAGUUUAAC